CUUUCCUAAAAUUUUCAUCAUUUGGCGAGUGCCGGUCUAUCGCAUCAAGUGUCGCAAGUCGCUUGUCUAUAUAAGUCUCAGAUUAAUUUAUGGUUCUUUUGUUGGGAUCAAAUGAUCGAUACAUCGGUUUGGUUUCAAAGUCAUUAAUUAUCACUAAAAGAAACUCAGCUGCAGUGGAACAUACCUAAAUUAUUCGCAAACUUUUAUCAAUUAAAUGAACAACAGAAACAAAAUAAGGCUUUUGUAUUCAAGGAUCAAUAAAAUAAUAAGCUGAAGAAGAACAAGUUUAAUUAAGCAGUCAAGAAUAUCACUUCAAGAAACGAUGUUUAUCACUGUGCUAUUAUGUAUGUUUAUCUUCUUGAUAUAUUAUUACUACGUACAUUAUGGAAGAACAGGGCGACUCAUUAAUCUUAUACCGGGACCACUGGGCGCUCCAAUUGCUGGCAAUGCAUUUCAAUUAUAUACUUCAACAAAGGAACAAUGGAAACUAAAAUGUAAUUUAUCUGAUAAGUAUUAUCCUAUUUUUAAAAUAUGGAUUUUCUUCACAUAUGGUGUGUCUAUCCGUCAUCCAGAUGAUCUAAAGACAAUAUUAAAUAGCUCCAAGUAUACCGAGAAAUGUCAUCUAUAUAACUUCUUUCGUCCUUGGCUCGGCACAGGUCUUUUUACUAGCAAAGGCGCUAAGUGGUAUGCACGACGAAAGAUAUUAACACCUGCGUUCCAUUAUAAUAUAAUGAAUCAAUUUGCUGAUAUUUUAAUCAAGGAGGGCAAUUCUAUGACAAAAUCAUUAAAAGAUGUCGGAGAAAUAGUUGUAAAAGAUUUAAUACCAUUUGUUAGUGAACAUACGUUAAACGCUGUAUGCGAAACUACCAUGGGCAUCUCUUUGCAAAAAGAAGACGAGUCUCAGCAGUAUCGAAAUGCGGUUCACGACAUAAUCGAACUGAUAUUUUAUAGAGGAUUUAAACCCUGGUUCUAUAACGAUUUCUUAUUCUCAUUAUCACCACAAGGGAGAAAGCAAAAGAAAAUCUUGAAAAUAUUACAUGGAUUUACAGAAAAGGUCAUUGCGAAAAGAAAACUUUAUCACGAACGCACCAAUCAUCGAUAUUUGAAAAACCUUGAAAAUACCAAAGAUAUGGAGAUAGAUGAUGUCGAAGUAUUUGAAAUUAAAAAGAAACAGCUAGCGAUGUUGGAUCUCUUAAUAGCGCUAUCUCGAGACAAUUUUUUGACUGAUUUGGACAUCAGAGAAGAAAUCGAUACCUUCAUGGUUGGAGGUCACGAUACUACAGCAAUGGGUAUCACUUUUGCUUUAUUGUUAUUAGCUGAACACAAAGAUGUCCAGGAACGUGUGAGAGUUGAAGUCGAUUCUGUGAUGCAAGAAAACAGAGGAAGACUUACCAUGAGAUCGUUGCAAACUUUAUCAUAUUUAGAAAGAUGUUUAAAGGAAUCGCUACGUUUAUAUCCCGUCGCGCCUUUUAUAUUGCGAAAUGUUCAGGAAGAUGUAAAAUUAGACUCAUAUGUUGUACCUGCUGGAACAAUCUUACAACUUGAUAUUUUCGGAGUUCAUAGAGAUCCCAAUUUUUGGCCAAAUCCAGAAAUAUUCGAUCCGGAUAGAUUUUUGCCUGAAAAUAUGAAGAAUCAUCAUCCAUAUUCCUAUCUACCGUUCAGCGCAGGACCGAGGAAUUGCAUAGGUCAACGAUUCGGGAUGCUAAUAAUGAAAGUUCUGAUUGCUUCUUUAGUGCAUAAUUUUUAUUUGGAGCCCAUAGAUUGUUUAAAAGAUAUCCAGUUGAAGUUCGAUAUGAUGAUUCAGCCUUCUCAACCAGUUCAUAUAAAAUUUAUCCCAAUCAGCAGCGAAUAAGUGUUUAAAAUUAACUACAGAUAUCACAUGAAUAUAAGAAAUUAAUGAGAACACUUUUAAUAAUGAAAAUGCUGCAUUAAUUUCUUACAUUUAUGUGACAUCUGUGUUAGUUCUGAACGACUAUUUGCGAAUAUCAAGUGGAUAUUUUUUAUUAAACCGAAGAUGGACUAAAGCAAGGACUGAUACGUUCUUUAAAUGUUAAUAAAAGAAGAAUAUU